GUCAUUUGUAGCGCUUACAUGUUUUUGAAGGCCAAUGGGUAUACUAGAUAAGAUUGCAGAUAUAGAAAAUGAGAUUGCAAGAACGCAGAAAAAUAAAGCAACUGAGUACCAUUUGGGGUUACUAAAAGCUAAGCUUGCCAAGUAUCGGUCUCAGUUACUGGAGAACCAAAAUAAAGCUACAAAGGGUGAAGGUUUCGAUGUGAUGAAAUCGGGGGAUGCACGAGUAGCUCUGAUUGGAUUCCCAUCUGUUGGGAAGUCUACGUUGUUGAACUCCUUGACUUCUACUCACAGUGAAUGCGCAUCAUAUGAGUUCACUACACUGACAUGUAUCCCUGGUGUCAUUGAGUACAAAGGUGCCAACAUACAGUUGUUAGAUCUACCAGGAAUAAUAGAAGGAGCAGCACAAGGGAAGGGGCGUGGACGUCAAGUCAUUGCAGUUGCUCGAACUGCUGAUCUUGUAAUAAUGAUGCUGGAUGCCACUAAACCAGAUGUACACAGAACGCUCCUCGAAAAUGAAUUAGAAGCUGUUGGUAUUCGUUUGAAUAAGCGCAAACCAAAUAUUUAUUUCAAACCGAAAAAAACCGGUGGACUAAAAAUGACCUCAAUGGUACCAUUGACCAAAAUGAGCGAGAAAAUGACGCAGAUUAUAUUGCAGGAAUACAGUAUCCUCUUAUUCUGUUUUUUUAAAAUAUUCAAUGCAGAAGUGGUUUUUCGAGAAGAUGUUACUUCAGAUGAAUUUAUCGAUGUUGUUGUUGGCAAUCGAGUUUAUUUGGGCUGCCUUUAUGUAUAUAAUAAAAUUGAUCAAAUAUCACUACAAGAAGUUGAUAGGUUGGCAAGACAACCGGAUUCAGUUGUUGUCAGAAAAAAUUGGGAGUAUUUAAAUCUAAUUCAAGUAUUCACUAAAAAGCGUGGACAAAAACCUGAUCUUGAAGAAGGAAUAAUAUUACGAAAUGGUGCAACGGUUGAGCAUAUAUGCCAUUCAAUUCAUCGAUCUUUGGCAUCACAAUGCAAAUGCGCUCUUGUUUGGGGAACCAGUGUCAAAUUCAAUCCACAACACGUUGGUUUAAAUCACGUUCUACACCAUCAUGAUGUGGUACAAAUUGUGAAGAAAUGA